AUGCAACUUUUGGCUAAGCCAAAAAAAAAUUAUAGAAUUGGCACGGAACAUGAAAAGUUUGGUUUCGAUGUUGAAACGUUGCGCCCUAUAACAUAUGAGCAGAUCAGUGGCAUGCUGAAUGGGUUGUCUGAUAGAUUCGGCUGGGACAAGAUAAUGGAAGAUAACCAUGUUAUUGGUCUCAAGCAGGGAAACCAAAACAUUUCGCUAGAAGCUGGUGGCCAGUUUGAACUUAGUGGUGCUCCGGUUGAAACGUUGCAUCAAACUUGUGCAGAGAUUAAUUCACAUCUUUAUCAGGUCAAAGCAGUUGGAGAGGAAAUGGGAAUUGGGUUUCUUGGACUUGGUUUUCAGCCAACAUUACCAUUGAAUGAUAUACCAAAAAUGCCCAAGGCAAGGGAUGAAAUUAUGAGAAAUUACAUGCCCAAAGUUGGUUCUCUUGGCCUUGAUACGAUGUUCCGGACAUGCACUGUACAGGUUAAUCUCGACUUCAGAUCAGAGCAAGAUAUGAUAAGAAAAUUACGUGCUAGCCUCGCGUUGCAGCCUCUUGCGACAGCAAUAUUUGCAAAUUCCCCGUUCAAAGAAGGAAAACCAAAUGGGUUUCUCAGUUUAAGAAGCCAUACCUAUACUGAUAUUGAUAACAACCGAACGGGGAUGCUUCCUUUUGUUUUUGAUAACUCAUUUGGGUAA